GUGGGGGGCUGACAGAAGGGGGCUGCCUCGGGGCCCCUCACAGCGCCCAGCCCCGGCCUGGCUGCCUCCCCCGGCGGGGCAGGCACGGCGCCCUCCUCCGCCGGGCCCCGCCGCUCCCCGGCGCCGGGCCGGGCCGGGCCCGCCUCGUGUUUACCAACAUGGGAGGAGCCCGGCAGGAGCCGCGCCGCUUUCGCUUCGCCGGAGGCUGCGGGACAGCGCUGGGGCAUGGCCCGGGGACUCCUCGCCCUGCUCCUCGUGGCUGUCUUAAUUAUUGAAGCAGAGUGUAAAAAUGAUACUGAAUAUCUCAUACAUGUGGCAUACAAUAGAUCUAUUCCAAGAAAGAGGAUCAUUGCUAAGAGGGAAAUUAAAUGUACUGAGGAUGAGUACAAUUUAAAUGGCCAGUGUUGCAAGAAAUGUGAACCUGGUUACGUUAAAAAUAUUUCCUGCCCAACAGACACAGGAGAGCACUGUGUAUCAUGUAAACCUGGAGAGUACAUGGAUCAUGCCAAUGAUGAGGUCAAGUGUAAGAGAUGUGCUUCAUGUGACAGCGAAUUUGGUUUUAAGGUUGGAAAGGAAUGUACCACAAAACAGAACACAGAAUGCGUCUGUGCAGAGAACUAUUUUUGCCGUUCUGUACCAUGUACUACGCAUUGCGAGCAAUGUACCAUAUGUGAAAACGUUCCAGCUGAAAAAUGUACUUCAACUUCAGACACUGUGUGCAGAGCGAAAGGAAUGUCAUCAUGGGGCAUUGCAGCUGUGGUCAUGUUUGUGAUAGUAUUAUUAGGAUCUGGACCACUAUUAAUAUUCUACAAGAGAAAACGUAAGGGUCUUACUUGCCAGGAGAAUCCAGGUGAAACACUCCCUGAAAUAAUUACACCGCUCGUAUAUGCAGAUGUUGACCUGAGCAGCCACAUCCCUAUUAUUGCAGAGGAGAUGACACUCACACAAGUCAAGAAGUUUGUCCGUUAUCACCAAAUAUCAGAUCCUGUCAUUGAUCAAGUUUUGCAGGACAACUUUAAUGAUACAUUUGAACAGAAGAUUAAGCUGUUUCAAGCCUGGUAUCAAAGUCAUGGGAUUAAAGGAGCUUAUGGAACCCUACUAAGCAGCCUGAGAACGUUAAAAAUGUGUGCUGUAGCUGAUAGAAUUGAGGAAAAGCUGAAGACAGUUGUUUCCAGCAAUCAGGAAGAGGGACAAUCUUAUAAUGAUAAUAUCGAGCAAAGCAAAAUCUGCAGUCAGGAAGGUGGGAAAUCUUAUCAAGAUAAUGCUGAGCUAAGUAAAACCUGUUCUGAUAGUUUGGAAGAGACAUAGCAUGGAGUCAUUUGAAAAUUAUUUCUGACUGAAGUAGUAUUUUUUAAAUACUACAGCUAACAAACCUUUUAAAUGCCAUUUUUGUUGGCAGCUGUGAAAGUUUCAAGGUAGUUAUAAUACAAACGAGGAAUAAUUAUGAUUUUUGGGGAGGUAUGUUUCCUUUAGAAGAGUCUUACCUGUUGAUUUUGGUUGUUAAAAACUGGGAGGAGAAGUUUUCUGGCUUAAUUGAUAACAGUAGCAAUCGAAGAGUUCUGCUAAAGGAUUUGCUGCAAAAA